CUGUUUUGUGUAGGUGGUCGAGGUGGAUCUGGUGACCCCUUUCGCAGUAUUGAGUGCUAUUCUAUCAACAAAAAUAGUUGGUUUUUUGGACCAGAAAUGAAUAGUCGGAGGCGACAUGUGGGUGUAAUCUCUGUGGAAGGUAAAGUGUAUGCAGUUGGUGGACAUGAUGGAAAUGAACAUUUAGGUAGCAUGGAGAUGUUUGAUCCUCUCACUAAUAAGUGGAUGAUGAAGGCAUCAAUGAACACAAAGAGGCGAGGAAUUGCCUUAGCCUCUCUAGGAGGCCCAAUUUAUGCAAUUGGAGGGUUAGAUGACAACACUUGCUUCAAUGAUGUGGAAAGAUAUGACAUAGAAUCUGAUCAGUGGAGUACAGUGGCACCAAUGAAUACUCCCCGUGGAGGAGUUGGCUCUGUGGCUCUAAUAAGCCAUGUUUAUGCAGUAGGUGGCAAUGAUGGAGUGGCUUCUUUAUCUAGUGUGGAAAGGUAUGAUCCACAUCUGGAUAAGUGGAUAGAAGUUAAAGAAAUGGGUCAACGAAGAGCAGGCAAUGGAGUUAGUGAGCUCCAUGGUUGCUUAUAUGUUGUUGGUGGCUUUGAUGAUAAUUCUCCUCUGAGUUCAGUUGAGCGGUAUGACCCUCGAAGCAACAAGUGGGAUUAUGUAGCAACACUUACCACUCCCAGGGGCGGAGUGGGGAUCGCAACAGUGAUGGGCAAAAUCUUUGCGGUUGGUGGUCAUAAUGGCACUGCAUACCUAAAUACAGUGGAAGCAUUUGAUCCAGUGCUGAAUAGGUGGGAGCUUGUUGGAUCUGUAUCUCACUGUAGAGCUGGGGCAGGUGUAGCUGUGUGUGCCUGUUUAACUAGCCAAAUUCGAGAUGUAGGUCAUGGAUCCAGUAAUGUGGUUGACUGUAUGUGAUUUGAAUUCCAGCCACCAAAUUUAAUCUUAUCUGAGGCAAGAAAGAUGACCAGGAUUGUGAUAUGGCCAUCUUUGAGCAAUUUUGACUGUAACUAGAGUCUUACUCAAAAGUUGACUAAUGUAUUAUGACUAAGUCCAACUUUUAGAAUGGUAGCUAAAGAAUUAUUAUUAAUAAAAUUAAAUUUGAUAAUUCCUGUGUUAGUAAAUAAUGGAAUAAGGAAGGAAGACAGUUUAAUUUGAAACCAUACCUCCUCUGAACACUGUUUAAAAUAGUGCCAAAACCUUGA